AUGACAAACAUGAGCCUCGUCCCAACGUUCUUCCUCAUGGGUCUUCCCCAUGCUCCAGCAAUGGACAUUCUCUUGGGAAUCUUCUUGGUGAUUUAUGUACUCACUGUGGUGGGGAAUCUCCUCAUCCUGCUGGUGAUCAAGGUGAAUUCCCACCUCCACACCCCCAUGUACUUCUUCCUGACCAACCUGUCCUUCAUUGACAUGUGGUUCUCCACCGUCACUGUGCCCAAAAUGCUGAUGACCUUGGCAUCGCCAGGAGGCAGGGCCAUCUCUUUUCCCAGCUGCAUGGCCCAGCUCUACUCCUUCCACUUCCUGGGGAGCACCGAGUGUUUCCUCUACACAGUCAUGUCCUAUGACCGCUACCUGGCCAUCAGUCACCCGCUCAGGUAUGCCAGCAUGAUGAGUGGGAGGACUUGUGCCCUCCUGGCCACCAGCACGUGGCUCAGUGGCUCUCUGCACUCUGCUGUCCAGACCACACUGACAUUCCGUCUUCCCUACUGUGGGCCCAGUCAGAUCCAGCAUUACUUCUGUGAUGCCCCUCCCAUCCUCAAGCUGGCCUGUGCAGACACCUCUGUCAAUGAGAUGGUGAUCUUUGUCAAUAUCAGGGUCGUGGCCUCAGGCUGCUUUCUCCUGAUAGUGCUGUCCUAUGUGUCCAUCGUCUGGUCCAUCCUGAAGAUCCACACCUCAGAGGGGAGACACAGAGCCUUUCAGACCUGCGCCUCCCACUGCAUUGUGGUCCUUUGUUUCUUUGUUCCCUGUGUUUUCAUUUACCUGAGGCCAGGCUCCCGGAAUGCUUUGGAUGGGGCUGUGGCAGUUUUCUACACGGUACUGACACCCCUUCUAAACCCUGUGGUAUACACUCUGAGAAACAAGGAAGUGAAGAAAGCUCUAUGGAAGCUUAUAAACAUAGUAACAUUUUCCCGGAGCAAAUAA